UGUGUGUGUGGUGGGGGUGGGUCUGUCAUCGGAGCACACCCGUGCUCUUCCAGUUCUAACUUUCCCCUCUGCGCAUUGGAGGAGGCCGACGAGGCUGCGCACGGACACACCCGUCAUAGUCAACUCUUGGAACGGACUAAACUUACACGAACCAAGAUGACCUCAUUCGUUUGGAUCGUUCUUUUGGCCAGCCUUGUGGCAACAAAAGCGCAAGAUUUGGACCUCUUUGAUGCCUUAGCUGAUGAUUUGGACAAGGUCACAGAAAAACCGAAAGUGCCUGACGCACCCAAAAUCCCAGAGCCUGCCGCACCAGCCGGGGGUGGAGGUGGACUGGACCUUAAUGAUGCCUUAGGAGAGGCUGAUAACACGCCCACAGAUCCUAAGAAGCCAGCAGGAGACACUCCCACGGAUCCAAAGAAGCCAGCCACCGGAGGUGACCUGGACCUUAAUGAUGCUUUCGGAGGCUCAGAUGGAUUUAAUUUGAACGACGCUCUGGGUCCAGACCCUGAGCAAGACAAGCCAGCUGUAGUCCCCCCUAAAGACGGAGGAACGAGUGGAACUGGGGGCGGAUCUUUUAAUGACAACGACCUGUUUGAUAUCGGUGGAGGAGGUGACUACAAACCUGACAAAGGCAAGGGUAGAGCCAAAGCAUCUGACGACUCCUCCUAUGACCCAGCCAGAGAUGGACCAGCUGCUGACCAGCCUGCAGAGGCCGGCUCGGGGCAGAUGGCUGGCAUUCUCAGUGCAGUAGGUGUGGCAAUACUUGGCGCCGCCUCCAGCUACUUCGCCUACCAGAAGAAGAAGCUCUGCUUCAAGAUCCAAGGAGGAGCUGAUCCAGAGAGCGGCAAACAUCACCAGGGUACCGAGUCUGAGCCCCAAGUUCUCAGUAACCUGCUGAGGUCCUCCUAGUUCUGGAGCUCUGAGGAGAAUUAUGUUUGACCUUCGACACUUGCACCUGGUCAAGGGUUGGGAGCUGUUAAACACAUUUGUGCCAUUGCUUUUCAUUUGUGUUCUCAAAUGUUCUUGGCUGUGUUUUUAUUUUUGUUUUGUUUUUUGUUGUUGUUUCUUUAGUUUGUAACUUUGUCAGAUUUCCUGUUGUGUCGUGUCGUGGGCUGAAUAUGUAAUUAAUUGAGUUUAUGUUGAUUUGAGUUCUGUUGUUUACGCACACACUGUGUUCAUUUUGUAAGAAAGGAUAUCUCUUUAGGCUGACUAGAUUAGUCUACCUGCUUUAGUCUUCACAUACCUGCCCAUGUGGUAAGGCCCAGAACAAACAAGCAUAUAUAUGAUACAUUAUAUACAUCAGUCAUAUUUACCACAUCUCAACCUACAGCAGUGUCUUCCAGGUCGUGGGAUUGUAUAUAUAACUUUCCAGUAGCACUCUGUUUAAUCCUAUCAACUCUACGGAGUAUUCAUUACAGCUUUCUCAUAUAGUAGUAACAUAAGCAUCUUUUUUUUAUCUUCAGCAUCUUUAAGUGAUAGCACACAUAUUUCUUUAUGUGUGUGUGUGUGUGUGUGUGUGUGGGUGAACACAGUGAACUUCUGUGCCGCCUGCACACACACAAGAGUUGAAGCUGGUACCGUGUGAGGAAGUCUCUAUAGCGACGGGUCAUAUUGCAUGGGGUGGGUAGUGGAUCGUAGUCUAGUCUUCAUGUGAUAUAAUUAGUUGGCUUUACAGUAUGGCUCAUGCUCUCAAAUGUUUCGUUUUUAUUGAGUGUGUGUGUGAUGUUUUGAGUGUGUGACACUGUUUGUGUGCGUGUGUGUGUAUGUUUGUCUAUGUGUGUAUGUUUGUCUAUGUGUGUGUAUGUUUUUGUAUAGUGCUUUAACUACAGGUAAGGCAGGUGUUGCAGCUUGUGUGUGUCUAUAAAGCAGAGCCUUUGCUAAUUAACCCUGCAGCCAACCUGCAGCUGAAGGAGCAUUUUGCAUGUAGUAGGGCCACUGACGUAGGACAACUACCUGGAAUGUAAAUCCUGAACAAGAAUAUAGAUUGUGUGUUUGUAUGUGUCUGUGUGUGUGUGGCGGAGAGAGGGGGGUGGCAUGUUUAUGUGUGUGUGUGUACUUAUGUGCCUAUGUGUGUGUUUGCAUACACACUUGUGGGAGGACUCCCUCACAUGCUGUGCAGGUGAGGGAUGUACCUGUGCCGAUGUGUUGUGUGUAUAUCUCUGACUGACACACACACACACACAUCUGAUGAAGAGAGAAUGACAGGGAGAUGCUGACAAUCAAGCCAGCUGUGUCUAGAUGUCUCCAUGGAAACAAACAUAUGACAAUGUUUCUAAUCUGUAAAUAAGGCUGUCUACUACCAAUUCAUAUCUUUAGUUUACUUACUUUUCUCUAAGAACAAUAAAGGUUUGGACUGUUAUGGAGA